UCACCCCAGGGACAAACGUCAUAAACGCCCAAGCUGUUCACACCAUGUACUUAAUGUGCCAUUAGGCCUUAAUUAGCUAUUGUCAGGGAUGAUUUAUGUGUUUAUAAUCCUAAAUGGAUGUUCCAUGUUGACCUCACACACACUUUCCUUGGCAAACAUCUGUCUGUCUGUCUUGUGAUUGCAGUGUCGGAUAAACAGAGCUUUAUAAGAGCGGCGCACACGGCUGGAGACAGGUAAAGACAGCGAGCGGGGUGAGAGACACUGAGUUUAUUGGAAAUCACUAUCUUUUUGGGUAACUGCUCCCACGGUCCUUGAUGUGUAAGGGGCUCUCCGCUAUACCCUCAUCAUGCCUGGAGAAGGCGAAGGGGAUGCGGGUGAUGUUAACCCACCUGACAGAGAAGCCACACAAACACAGAGCCCAAGAAGAGAAGACUGUUCAUGACUUGGAGUCUCUGCUGAACAGCAAGUCGGGUCUGCAGGCGUUCCGCUGGUUCCUGCGCUCUGAGUUCAGCGAGGAGAAUCUGGCCUUCUGGCUGGCCUGCCAGGACUACAGAAGCUCCCCCGAGAGUAAACUGGCCGAGAAAGCCUCCAGCAUCUACACCCAGUUCAUCAACCCUGACGCCCCUCAGGAGGUGAAUCUGGACAGCGAGACCCGGGACGCAUUGAUGUGUGUGAUGGACGAACCGGCUACCAACAUGUUCGACGAAGCUCAGCAGCGCAUCUACUGCCUGAUGGCUAAAGACUCGUUCCCUCGCUUCCUCCGCUCCCCCUACUGCAGGUCCACCCUCAGGGCACUGUGAGACCCCACUCGUCUUCACUUGUGAAGCAUUGAUUUAAAGAUAAAGUUAGCGCUAAUACAACUGUGCUAGCAUAGGUUAGCUAGGAAUUACCAUGCAAGUGUUAGCAUCACUGUUGAGUGUAGCAAAGAUGUCUGUCUGACUUAUUGUGUCUGUGCUGUAUUAGUAAAGAGAUACAAAUGCUGAAGUGAAAAAUAAAUAUUUA